ACUGUAUGCAUGAUACAAUAACACACGGUUAAGGGUUGUGCACCAACAUGUAUUUAUAAAUCAAGUACACAAAUGUUUCUUGAACAUAUUUAUAAUGUGUCAUAAACAUACUUAUACUCACGUUAUCGUGAAAUCAAGUGAACCGGAAGUGACGCGUCUGUCUCUCUUCGCUGUUGUGUUUCUGCUCCAGGAAGCUGUUACGUUCCGCCAUGAAACCACAAAAGAACCGGAAAACAGAGCGUAAAGGUUUAUAAUCCGACCAUAAAACCACGUUAUUAAAGAGCCCACAGUGUAUUUAAGGAUUAGCACUGCGUGUAGCCUCGUAAAGUGUUAGCACUGUGAGCUGUUUAUCUGAAGGAGUGUGGCUAGCGUUAGCAGCUAACGGCUAACGGCUGUAGCUGGAGGUAGAAUAAAGAUAUAUAUAUUAAUAAAGAUAUAUAUGAAUAAAGAGAUGGCGCACAUAAGGGUCUGUUGUUCCGGGGGGAUUCUGCUCCUCCUGCUGCUGUUCGGAUCUGAAGCCAGGAUCCACAAACUCACCCUGAAUAAUGAAACCCGGUCCUCCGUCGAUCUCAACAACUUUGGUUUCUACGCCAACGGGACUCUGGACGUGAAGCUGGUGUCUCUGCGUCUGCCUGAAAUCAACUACACCAUGUACCCGCUCGGGUUCACCCUCUCCAGGUCCAGAGUCAACGGAGUCUUAUCCUACACACAGGCGGAGGAGACGGACACGUGUCCACUCACUGUCCCGCAGACCACCAACAGCGAGCCUCUCCUCCUGUUCCUCAUCGACAUCAACAAGCUAAGGUGUGUGUGUGUUUGUGUGGAUUACAACCUCUUAAGCCCCACGGACCCGCCGAAGGGUCCAAACCCUCAUCAUCUGCAAGCAACAGCGUCUGAGGGUUUCUUAAGAUUUAAUAAACUAUGAAUGUUUCAUAUCAUGUAACGGGAAGAAACUUUGCUAACUGAUGAUUAUUUUUUUUAGCAAAAAAACACACAAAGCCAACGCCGAGCCUCUGAAUUAGCCCUGUGCGAAAAAAUCUCAAGGUCUUUAGCACAGAACUCUAGCUAUACCGAUCGAUAUACUUAUUGGAUAUGCACAAACAAGCUUAGCUAACAUCCUGAGAGUCCACAGAUUAUAGAAACAUAAGGAUCAUCACUGAGCGAUCAGAACUCGCGACAGGGGAAGCAAAUACAGACGACACACGAGUAGCUUUAGGUAGCAAAACACGGAGAUAUGCUCACCUUAGCUGUUACUCUGAUCAAAAGUCGUGUUCAAUGGCAUUCAAACGAGAAAAAACGUGGCUGAAGGUUAAGCCAUAGGUUAUAGCAAUGUGUCUGUCACUUUGAACAAAUUAUUGAUAAUCCAUAAUUCCAUUUUUAUGCAAAAAUCGGAGAAGAAAAAUUAGCUGCUAAUGGUAGCCACCAGAGGUUAGCGCAGCUUCCGGUUUUUCUACGCGUCUCUCU